AUGCCUCUCUCUGCCAAGAGGCCCCCUCGCGGCCGUCGCGAUACGCGCAAAGACAGACAGGUCCAGCCCGACGCCGACGACUCGUCGCCCAGUCGCCCGACGAAGCGACGCAAGAGGGCUCGCUCUCCCGACCCCGCCACGUCCGCCUCGCACGAUUUCGACGACUCGCCCAGGACCGACGACGACCACAUCGUCUCGCAAAUCACCCAGCAGCUCAAGACCCAGCCCGUCCAGGCCGCAAAGGACCAUGCCAACGCCAUCCACGAGGCCAACGGCGACGGGGUCAAGGCCUACGCAAAGGUCGCCGCCCAGGACUGGACCUUUUACAUCACAAAGCUUUCCGUCGGCAUCGGCCGCGCUCCCGACAUGUCCCAUGCCGACGACCACAACGGCGACCAAGGUCACGUCCACAUCGAUCUCGGCCCCAGCAAGAUGGUGUCGCGCGAUCACGCUUCCAUCUCCUUUGACCCCAAGGACGAGAAGUGGCUGCUCCAGGUCAAGGGCCGCAACGGCGCAAAGGUUGAUGGCCAGGCCCUCAAGCCUCACGCCUCACGCCCUCUCACCAGCGGCCAAGUCAUUGAGAUUGGAAAUGUCGAGAUGAUAUUUGUUUUGCCCUCGGAAAUCAGCCCGCUUCACGUCCACCCCAUGUUCCUCAAGCGCUGCGGACUGAGCUCCGAUUCACUGCAGCCGCCGGCACCCCGCCGCCAGCCCUUCAUUGCCCCUGCGCCCCCCGAGUACAAGCGACCCGGUACGCCGCCCUCUGUCCAACGCCGAGCCGGCGCAUUGAAUGCCAAGUCUCCCGCUGUUGCCAACACUCCUGCAAUCAUGGUGGGCGCCAACGGGGUCGACCUGAGCCACGACGACAACCAGCACAUCAAACCCCAGUACAGCUACGCUCAGAUGAUCACCCAGGCCAUCACCAACGCCCCCGACGAAAAGCUCAAUCUGAACGGCAUCUACACGUUCAUCAUGAACAGCUACUCAUAUUACCGCCACCAACAAGCGGCAGGCUGGCAGAACUCGAUCCGACAUAAUCUUUCACUCAACAAGUCCUUCGACAAGGUGGCUCGAUCGACCGAUGAACCCGGCAAGGGCAUGAAAUGGCAGAUUGUUCCCGAGGCCAGGGAGGAUAUGAUUCGGAACGCGUACAAGCUUGGCCGCGGCGGUCACCGAGGCUCCUCAGCCCCAUCGUCACCCAACCAGCUCAACUACAUCACUCACGGGCCUCGAGACAUGGCGACAAGAGACCCUCCCUCGACCCGGAAACGAGGCUCGCCCGUGCCUUCUCCGUCCUCUCGACCGCCUCUCCAGCUCACCCAAUCGACUCCCGAGCGCGCCGGCGAACGAAGGGGGGAACGAAUCGCUGCCAUCAAUGCAGACGGCAGCCCACUGCCCCGCCAUAGGAAGGACUCUGCAGCGGCUGCUUCCAACUCGUCCCUGGCCACCUUCAACCCCCAAUCUCCUAUCCUCACCUCGUCCUACUUGCAAGAGGACGGCACGUCCUUUGUGACGCCUGCGCCGCCCAGGAUCCACCCAAACUCGCCCGCGCCCUUCUGGAAGUACGCCGAGAUAGGCAGCACGCCCCUCCAGGCCUCGGCCCAGUACGAAAUGAGCCCGUCCAAAGCCGGCGGCGGCAUGCCAAGCAGCAGCCCUCCUGGCGCUAGUAAAUCGCCCCCCAGCAGCCCCUCGAGACCGCAGAAGCCUGGGGCCUCGCAGGAUCGAGUCCACACUGAGGAGCCGGACGAUGAGCAGGGCUUUGACCUGACCAAGGGCUUCCAAAGCAUAGGCUCCUACCACGCGCCGGUGGGCAGAGGUGUGUGCGUGGCCAGCGCGCUCAAGGGCAACUGA